AUGGAUAAGGUGAACCAGUUGAAAGAGAAAGGUAAUGCUUCCUUAUCGUCUGGCCAAUACGAUGAUGCUAUCAAAUAUUAUUCAGAAGGGAUUGCUUUGGACCCAAAUAACCACGUUUUAUACAGCAAUCGAUCUGCUGCCCAUGCGAAGAUCGGCAACUACGAGGAGGCUUUGAAAGACGCAGAUAAGUGUGUAUCCCUAAAUCCUUCUUGGAUUAAGGGUUACUCUAGAAAGGGUAGUGCAUUGGCCUAUUUGCGACGGCAUGAUGAGGCAAUUGCUGUCUACGAAGAGGGCUUAAAACUAGAACCGGGUAAUCAACAAUUGGAAACAGGGCUGGCGGAAGUGAAAAAACAGGCACAGGAAAUAGAAUUAAGACAACAGAAAAUUUUUGAGAAGCUUAAAGCCAACCCACAAACAAAGGAAUGGAUGAAUGACCCUGAAUAUGUAAAGUUGGUUCAAAGAUUGAGUUCCAUCAUAGAUCCAGAAAGACCCUCUUAUGACCUAGAUCCAAAGACAUUGGGAGACAAUCGAGUAUUGCCUACGUUGAGCCUUAUACUUAAUGAUGAGCUUGGAUCACCUAUGGAUGUAGAUCAACCAGUGCCGGAACCAAAGACCACUCUGCCACCAAAAGCAGAACCCCCCAAACCUAGUUACAAUGACCUGCCCGAAAAUCGUAAAUUAGCUUUACAAGAGAAAGACAAAGGCAAUGAAUGCUAUAAGAAAAAAGACUUUGAACAUGCCUUAAUUCACUACAGUAAAGCUAUUGAACAUGAUUCCACCGAUAUUACAUUCUAUACAAAUAUAGCCGCUGUUUACUUUGAACAGAAGGAAUUUGAGAAAUGUAUUAAGGAGUGUGAAAAGGCUAUAGAAAUAGGCAGAGAGAAUAGAGCAGAUUUCAAAUUAAUUGCUAAGGCCUUUACUAGAAUUGGUAAUGCAUAUAAAAAGAUGGAACAGUGGAAGCUCGCCAAAACAUACUAUGAAAAGUCUAUGUCUGAACACCGCACACCUGAGAUCAAAUCACUGCUCAGUGAGGCAGAGAAGAAAAUAGUGGAAGAAGAGAAGAAAGCAUAUGUUGACCCAGUCAAGGCUGAGCAAGAAAAGGAACUUGGAAAUGACUUCUUUAAAAAAGGUGAUUACAGCACAGCAAUGAAGCACUAUACAGAAGCUAUAAAGCGUAAUCCUGAUGAUCCUAAGCUGUACUCGAAUAGAGCAGCCUGUUAUACAAAGCUGGCAGCAUUUGAUCUAGGUCUUAGGGACUGCGACCAGUGCUGUAAGCUGGACCCUAAAUUCAUAAAAGGCUGGGUUAGAAAGGGGAAAAUUUUGCAGGGAAUGCAACAACACUCAAAAGCGUUGAACGCUUAUCAAAAGGCAUUGGAGCUGGACCCCAGUAAUGCUGAAGCGUUGGAAGGGUACCGUGCUUGCUCCACACAACUUAAUUCCAAUCCUGAGGAGGUUCGAAAACGGGCGAUGUCUGACCCGGAAGUGCAGCAAAUCCUUCGAGACCCUGCCAUGCGCUGUAUUCUCGAGCAGAUGCAACAAGACCCUAAUGCGCUGCAAGACCAUCUCAAAAACCCAGAAAUUGCUUCUAAGAUUCAAAAGUUACUUGAGUCGGGACUUAUUGCUAUACAUUAG